AGUCUUUUACACCCUUCAAGCUCUCUUCCUUUCUCAAACCAACCUCCGAAUCAACCAUCAUCACAAACUUCACCAUGCGCGCUUUUAGCCCGCUCUCGCUAUUUAGCGUCGUAACCGCCGUGUUUACCUUGCUCCUGGUGCUUGCGCCAUCCCAGACGUCGGCCUCUCCCGUCACAUCGGUCAAGAGAGCCACGUCUUCAAACUAUUGGCUCGCAAACAUCAAACGUCAAGGAUCUGUGGCAUACGGCAGCGAUUCCUCGUACGCAGUCUACCGCAAUGUCAUGGACUACGGCGCCAAGGGUGAUGGCUCUACAGAUGAUACCGCCGCCAUCAACGCCGCAAUUGCUGCAGGCAGCAGGUGCGGCUGGGGCUGUGACAGCAGCACAGUCAAGCCGGCACUCGUCUACUUCCCUCCUGGUACCUACAUGGUAUCCCAACCCAUUGUCAUGUUGUACUACACUCAGCUCGUCGGAGACGCGCUCAACUUGCCUGUUCUGAAGGCCACUACUGGUUUCCAAGGCAUGGCCGUUCUUGACUCGGACCCCUACGACAGCAGUGGUGCCAACAUGUUCACCAACCAGAACAACUUCUUCCGUCAAGUCCGCAACUUCAAGAUUGAUCUGACUGGCAUGCCUCAGACAGCCGGUGCUGGUAUUCACUGGCAGGUCGCCCAAGCCACUUCUCUCCAGAACAUUGUCUUCAACAUGAUUCCUGGCUCUGCCUCCAAGCAAGUCGGUAUCUUCAUGGACAAUGGUUCCGGUGGUUUCAUGAGCGACUUGGUCUUCAACGGCGGUAACUACGGUGCUUUCUUGGGCAACCAGCAAUUCACCUCUCGUAACUGGACGUUCAACAACUGCAACACCGCCAUCUUCAUGAACUGGAACUGGGCCUGGACUUUGAAGUCUGUCUCGAUCAACAACUGCGGCGUCGGUCUCGACAUGUCCAACGGUGGAUCAACAAACAUCCUGAUUGGCUCCGUCAUUCUCAUGGACUCCAAGUUGACAAACACUCCCAUCGGUGUCAAGACUUCGUUCACCUCCAACAGCGCCCCUGCCACCGCAGGCACUCUCAUCAUCGACAAUGUUGACUUCUCAGGCUCGCCUAUCGCUGUCGCCUCGGCCGAUGGUAGCUCCAUUCUCGCAGGUGGCAAGGUUGUUACUUCUUGGGGUGAGGGCCGUCAAUACGCCGGUACCUCCGGCUCUCGUGUCCAAGGUCCUCUCGCAGCUACUUCCAAGCCUGCCGCCCUUCUCGAUGCUUCUGGCAAGUUCUUCGAGCGUUCCAAGCCUCAGUACGAGUCUCUGCCCGCCAGCUCCUUCAUCAGUGUCAAGUCCUUCGGUGCCAAGGGUGAUGGUGUCACCGAUGACACUGCUGCCAUCCAGAAGGCCAUGGCCGGUACAACUUCCAACCAGAUUCUGUACUUCGACCACGGUGCCUAUGUUGUCAGCAAGACUAUCAACGUCCCCAACAAGAUCAAGAUGACCGGUGAGAUCUGGCCCCUGAUCAUGGCAACUGGCAGCUUCUUUGCCGACCCUAGCAACCCCCAACCCGUCUUCGACAUUGGAAAGGCUGGUGAGGCCGGCGCUGUCGAGAUUACCGAUCUAAUGUUCGAGACUAAGGGCCCAGCCCCUGGUGCUAUCAUGCUCAAGUGGAACAUGGCUUCCGCCCAAGGUGCGUCAGGCAUCUGGGAUGCUCACGUACGUAUUGGCGGUAGUGCAGGCACUGGACUGCAGAGCGACAAGUGCUCCAAGAACCCCUCAUCGACCGCUGUCAACACCGCCUGCGAGGGUGCUUACAUGCUCUUCUGGGCUGGCACCAAGUCUGCCGGCGUCUACCUCGAGAACACUUGGUUCUGGGUCGCUGAUCACGAGCUUGAUCUUCCUGACCAUAACCAGAUCAAUAUCUACAAUGGUCGUGGUGUCUACAUCGAGUCUCAAGGUCCUGUCUGGCUUUACGGUACCUCAUCUGAGCACAAUGUGUUCUACAACUACGAAAUUCGCAACGCAAAGAACGUCUUCAUGGGCAUGAUCCAAUCUGAGACACCCUACUUCCAGUCGAACCCGAAGGCACCCGCUCCCUUCGUGCCCCAGCGUCCCUCAGACCCCACCUUCUCGAUCUGUUCUUCCCAGAACCCUUCAGCACCCUGCUACAAGUCAUGGGGUCUUCGUGUCAUUGACAGUACCAACGUCUUCAUCCACGGCCUCGGCCUCUACUCGUUCUUCGAGAACUACAGCCAAGACUGCGUCGCCACCAAUAACUGUCAACAGAAUAUGAUUGGUCUCCAGGGUAGUAACAACAACCUCAACAUGUAUGCCGUCACCACAAAGGCAUCUGUCAACAUGAUUACCCUGGACAAUGGUGUCGCCGCCGCUCUCGACGCAGACAACAGAAACGUGUUCGGUGCCACAGUCGCCUACUAUCGCAAGGGUGGCUCAUCAGCACGCGACUGUGACGACGAAGACGAGGAGGAUGACCAAUAAGCGGCUUCUCAACCCCAUGUCAAUUGUUCUUUCCACUUGCACAAACAACAACCACACCCACAUCUCAGGUAGAUGUGUGGCACGAUCUUCGAAAACCAUCCGGAAUGAUUUUUUACUAACGAAACAGCAUCUUGUCUUUUACACAACAACAAUACCCCCCCGCGGGCCUCGGAAAUGGAAAAGAGGUUCAGCCCCAGUUCUAUGGCGUUUUUUAAUCAUGGAGAGCAAACAACUGGCGCUCAUUUUUUUCCGAACAUCAGGGAAUUGAUGAUUGCAUCUUGGGAGGAGUUCUGUGAUUUUCUUCCAAUAACAGACCUUGAAGGUCGAAAUGCAUAAGUGGAGGAUAAAUGGCUUGCAUUGGACAGAACGAUAUGGGUCCAGGCGGAGGAAUGG